GCGCUGCGGCACAGUUGAAGUCGGCUCUUUGGCUCGAACGGUUGUCGCGGUCUUCGGUCUUCGGUCUUUGCUGCGCGCUGCUUUGCCCACGGCACAGAUUUAAGGUUUCCAACCGAGUCACAUGGAAAGAAAGUGAGUGAGUGAGCGAGCGACUGAGUGAGUGUCGGAAAUAUGCAAAUACCAAUAGACGAGCUGAUAAGAUAAAAGUGGGCCGUGCGAUAAGCGUGGAUUAGUGCGGAUGCUGCUGUCCGCAGGCAGCCACAACGAAAACCCAAAUUUGAGCGUGCAUUGAACUCGUGCGAUUGAGUGAGCAAUGCCGGCGGACGAGCAUGACGGGCUGUGCCUGGAGUGGAAGCAGCUCAACUACUAUGUGCCUGCCCAGGAGCAGAGCAACUAUAGCUUCUGGAACGAGUGCCGCAAGCAGCAGGAGCUGCGCAUUCUGCACGACGUCAGCGGCCACCUCAAGACGGGCGACCUCAUCGCCAUUCUGGGCGGCUCGGGGGCGGGCAAAACCACAUUGCUGGCAGCGAUUUCGCAACGGCUGCGCGGUAACCUAACCGGGGAUGUGGUUUUGAACGGCAUGGCCAUGGAACGGCAUCAGAUGACACGCAUCUCCAGUUUUCUGCCGCAGUUUGAGAUCAAUGUUAAAACCUUUACGGCCUACGAACAUUUGUACUUCAUGUCGCACUUCAAGAUGCAUCGUCGCACUACCAAGGCGGAGAAGCGUCAGCGUGUCUCGGAUCUGCUGCUGGCCGUCGGUCUAAGGGAUGCGGCGCACACGCGCAUCCAACAGCUGUCCGGAGGCGAGCGCAAGCGGCUCAGCCUGGCCGAGGAGCUGAUCACAGAUCCGAUCUUUCUCUUUUGCGACGAGCCAACCACCGGGCUGGACAGCUUCAGCGCCUACUCGGUGAUCAAGACUCUGCGCCACCUGUGCACCAGGCGGCGCAUAGCGAAGCACUCGCUGACCCAGGUCUAUGGCGAGGAUUCAUUCGCGACGCCCAGCGACGAGAGCACGACUAGCAACUCCAUCGAAAUGGAAAUUGUGGACAAGUCGCAGGAGAGCCUGCUGCAGACCAUGAAGGAGCUGCCCACGCUGAGCGUGCUCAACAACAGUCCCAACGGCCGGCACAAGAAGGCGGCCAUCUGCUCCAUCCACCAGCCCACGUCCGACAUCUUUGAGCUCUUCACGCACAUCAUCCUCAUGGACGGCGGUCGCAUUAUCUACCAGGGACGCACCGAAAAGGCGGCCAAGUUCUUUACAGACAUGGGCUUUAUGCAGCCACUGAACUGCAAUCCCGCCGACUUCUACCUGAAGACCCUCGUCGAAAGCCAAGGCGCCGGGAAUGCAGGCGAGCUGCUGCGCGCCAAGUACGAGCAUGAAACGGACGGACUCUACAGCGGCAGCUGGUUGCUGGCGAGGAAUUACAGCGGGGAGUAUCUGAAGCAUUCGCAGAACUUCAAGAAGAUACGCUGGAUAUAUCAGGUGUAUCUGCUGAUCAUACGCUUCAUGACCGAGGAUCUGCGCAACAUCAAGAGCGGGCUGAUUGGGUUUGGGUUCUUCAUGAUCACCGCCGUGACGCUCUCGCUGAUGUACUCCGGCGUGGGCGGUCUGACGCAGCGCACUGUGCAGGAUGUGGGCGGGUCCAUAUUCAUGCUCAGCAACGAGAUGAUCUUCACAUUCAGCUAUGGCGUCACGUACAUCUUUCCGGCUGCGUUGCCCAUCAUCAGACGCGAGGUGGGCGAGGGCACAUACAGCCUGUCCGCGUACUAUGUGGCGCUGGUGGUGUCCUUUGUGCCGGUGGCCUUCUUCAAAGGCUACCUCUUUCUGUCCGUGAUCUAUGCAUCCAUCUACUAUACGCGCGGCUUUCUGCUCUACGUAACAAUGGGCUUUCUCAUGAGUCUCUCGGCCAUUGCGGCUGUGGGCUAUGGCAUCUUCCUCUCCAGCCUUUUUGAAACGGACAAAAUGGCAUCGGAGUGCGCGGCGCCCUUUGAUCUAAUCUUUCUCAUAUUUGGCGGCACCUACAUGAACGUGGACUCGGUGCCGCUGCUCAAGUACCUCUCGCUCUUCUUCUACUCCAACGAGGCGCUGAUGUACAACUUCUGGAUAGACAUUGAUAACAUAGAUUGUCCAGUUAAUGAGGAACAUCCGUGCGUCAAGACCGGCUUGGAGGUGCUGCAGCAGGCGUCCUUCCGCACAGCCGAAUACACCUAUUGGAUGGACUGUGUCAGCCUGCUGCUGGUCGCCCUGGCCUUCCACAUCGUCUCGUUCGUGCUGGUGCGACGCUAUAUCAAUCGCAGCGGCUACUAUUGAAUUAAGAUUUUAUUUUAUACAUUCUAUUCAGCUUACAUUGUUUACAAUUCAUAUUUAGCGCAUUCUAUUCGUAGCGAGGCGUUCAAGUACCAGCCGAAUAAAGGUUUAUUCCUAUACAUAUUCAUACAUAACUAGUUACAUUUUCAAUCUUAUGCAUAAGCCGUUUGCCUGUUCUUCAUUC